AUGGGUGCUAUCCCGAAGCCGCCGAAAGGCCAUUUCAACGUCCUCUACUUCGCAAGUGCAAGCUCUUUCACCUCCAAAGAAUUCGAUACGUUUCCUGCACCACUUCCUCUGCAGAAACUGUUCGACGUGUUAGAAGAGAAAUAUAGUGGCAUCAAAGACAAGAUCCUCAGUUCGUGCUUAGUGACGGUCAAUCUCAAUUACGUCGAUAUCUCCGGGUCUGGCGGCGAUGAGUCCCCCGAAAAUGUAAUCAAGGAGGGCGAUGAGGUCGCUAUCAUUCCGCCCUCCUACUCCUAUGCCUUCCACCAACCCGGAUUAUUCCCUCUCCAUACCAUACCCUCUAAUAAGUCUCUGGAUCCCAAACACCGCCAGCGUCACGAGCAGCACAAAAAAACCAACGUGGAUGCGACGGAAAGGAGCGAGGACAGCGUAAUGCGGGCACACGUUCUCGUUCUACGCCGGCGCGAGGAAUGGAAUCCGUUUGGUAUUGGGGACGCAUGUCCAGGACUACGAGGAUAG